AUGCAGGGAUCACCGUUCACGCUCGAGUUGGGCGAGCCAAACUUCGCUGGGAAACCGAACCUUGAGUACGAUCUCCGGAUUGGGGAUCGGGUGGAAGAAAAGGAAUAUGAGAAGGCUGCAAGCGAUUAUUGGUUGCUCGAGCAGAUCUGGAACCUUCUAACAGAGAUCGAAGAUCUACACCUCUUGAUGGACCCGGACGAUUUCCUCCACCUCAAAAACCAGCUCUCGAUCAAAGCGACGAAUGAAUCUGAAGCCUUCCGCUUCAGAUCAAUGGCUCUGAUCGAACUGACACGGUCAUCGAAGGAUCUGAAGCAGAGAGUGCCGGAUAUCUUGGGCGUGGAGGUGGACCCGAAGGGUGGGCCCUGGAUCCAAGAAGCAGCAAUGGCACUUUUCCAUAGGAAGGGCGAUGUAGCAAAGAUCCAUCUGUCGCAGGCGUUCCAGGUGAUUGAAGGGGCAGUGAAGAGGUUCUAUUUCGCAUAUCGGCAAUUGAUUGGGGCAACGAUUCUCAUGUAUGAUGUAAGGCUUUUCCCUUCUUACUGUUGA